CAUUUUGAUUUUGUGGAGAAUUAUUCUAAUUCUACAAUUCACUGAAGUUGUAGGUAAAACUAAUUUCAAUUUAUCGAAAAUUCCUCCGCUACUGCUAUCAAAAACUUAUUCUUCCCGUUUAUUAAGCCUUUAAUUCCUAUUAAUUUUUCGUUACAAAUUAGGUAGUUUAUUAAUUUGAAUCAUGAUGGGGGACGUUGACAAGUGGAUUGAGAUUGCAAAAAGGUGUAAAUAUCUGCCUGAAGACGAUUUAAGAGAACUAUGCAACAUAGUUUGUGAUCUUCUCCUUGAAGAGCCGAAUGUUCAACCGGUGCAGACACCUGUAACUGUAUGCGGUGAUAUACAUGGACAGUUUUAUGAUCUAGAAGAAUUAUUUAAUAUUGGUGGGCAAGUGCCUGAAACACAGUAUAUAUUUAUGGGUGAUUAUGUAGAUAGAGGAUACUACAGCCUUGAAACACUAACACUUUUAAUGGCAUUAAAAGCUAGGUAUCCUGACAGGAUAAUUUUGCUUAGAGGGAAUCAUGAAACAUGUCAAAUCACCAGGGUAUAUGGGUUUUAUGAUGAAUGCCUUACUAAAUAUGGCAAUGCAAAUGCUUGGAAGGACUGUUGCCGUGUAUUUGACUUGCUGACAGUUGCAGCUCUCAUUGAUGAAACAAUUCUUUGCGUACAUGGAGGGCUAUCUCCGGAGAUAUCAAUGCUAGAUCAAAUACGUUGUAUUGAUAGAAAUCAACAGAUACCUCACAGAGGUGCAUUUUGUGAUUUACUUUGGUCAGAUCCAACUGAUGAUGAAGAUAUUGAAAAAUGGGCAAUAAGUCCUCGUGGAGCUGGUUGGCUGUUUGGUAUACUGGUAACAGAGCUGUUUAUGAAUUAUAAUGACCUAAAUUUAAUAUGCAGAGCUCAUCAACUUGUUAAUGAUGGUUACAAGUAUAUGUUUGAUAAAAGAUUGGUCACAGUUUGGUCAGCACCUAAUUAUUGCUACAGAUGUGGUAAUGUAGCAUCUAUUAUGGAAUUCAAAACUGUGAAUGAUUGGAAUGCAAAAAUUUUUCAAGCAGUACCAAAUAGUGAAAGAGAAGUCCCUCCACAACAUACUACCCCAUACUUUUUGUGAAUUUAAGUGCAAUUUGUAUAUAUAAGUAUUUCAUGUUUGUAAUUCUAUACAAUAAAUUGUUAAUCAAUAA